AUGGCUCCCAACAGAACAGUGUCUCACGAGGAGAAGCUCAAGUUAUUACAUUCUUGGUUCCAAUCCACCCAUGCCUUUUACACCUUGAAGGAAAUUGAGCAAAAAGCGAGCAAAGCAUGCAAGAUCCCUGGAAUGCAAGUGAAAGAGUUAGUGUCAAAUUUAGUAGACGAAGGGUUAAUACAACAAGAGAAGAGUGGAACGACCAAUUUGUAUUGGUCUUUUACUUAUACUGUUGUGAUGAACAAAAUUGACAGAGCCAAGUGUUUAAAGCAUGAUUUGGAGUCAAAAAAGAAACAUCUUAAUCAGUUGCAACAACAAUUGGAAGAAGUGCGUGCUGAAAGAAGUGCUGAAGCAGUCCCUGAAAGGGUAGGUCGAUUACAAGACUUGGAUGCUUUGUAUGCUGAGAUUGACCAAUUGACUGAACAGAAUCAACAACUUCAACAGUAUCAAGAACUCAAAAGGUUGAAAGCUGGUAUUGAGUUUUUCACUGAUCUGAUCGAAACCAUGCUCUCUUGGUUAUCUGAAAAGUCUGGCAUCCAGAAGUCACAGCUUAGAAAGGAGAUGGGAAUUCCUGAAGAUUUAGAUGAUUAUGCCUUAAAGCCGGAAUGA